AUGUCAUUGCUUGAUUCUGAAGCGGCCUUCAAAAAGAGGGUCAUAGAGAUCGGUGAUGAAGUUCUUUUUCAGACGCUGGACAAUUCAGGUUUGAAGACAUUCAGCGGUUUGGCCUUUGCAUGCGGGACGCCACAGUCACAACCAGAUGAUGCUGCCUUUGGAGCUUUUGCCGCAGGAGUUUUUGGGGUUCCACCCACACUGGGCCAAUUGUCUCAGCUGAGGAGGUUGCACUUCGAGGCUUGCACAAUAGUUUUCGCGACCUUGAAGAGCAAUGUGGCAGGCGAUUUGACCGAUGGGAUUCGAAAGCUGCCGCCAGCUGAAAAGCAGGCCAGGGCGAAGGACCAGCAGACCAGAUUAACUGGCGUUACUUUGUCAGGUGAAAUGGAACCCAGCUAUGCCUUGGUGGACAAGUGCGCCAGCAUGAGGGAGACAGGGUCGCUACUAUGGAUCCACCCAUCGCAAUGCACCAAACGUGAACAAGAGGUACAGCAAACUUUGAAGGAAAAAUCUCAAGUGCUGAAGAUUGAGAACAUGACGUUGAAAAUGGCCGCAGACACUGAAACUUUUGAAGCUGACCAUGGCACUGAAUUGAAACUCAUGUGGUGUUUCCAAAGACGCGGAUUGGCAUUUGACCAAGCAGCUUUGAUUUCUUGGGACAAGCAUGAGAGUUGGGUAGCGGCAAUGUUUCAAGCUUACUCUGCAGAGCCACCACCUUCAUUUGCGAAGGUGACCAUGCCUCAGUUGUUGCGAGCCGACAAGGAGUUGUUUACAAUCUUAGCAAGGGAAGUGGAAUCCAUCCAGCCUGAUGGUGUGGGAAACCGACCACUGGAUGAACAUAUUACAAGGCUGAAGACAGACCCAAGGGUGACCAUGCACUUGUUGCCAUUGCCUACAAAGGCGCAUUCUGUAGAGGCCUCCAACGCCAGCAAACCAGACGCUGGCAAACCAAAGGCAAAAGUUAGGCCGGGCAAAAGGGCUCGAACAACCACGGAGGUAAAGAUGCCGGACGAGUUGAAGGGAGGUCAUUCAAAGACAAGUGACAACAAACCCAUUUGUUGGGCCUUCAACAUGAAAGACGGGUGUUCAGCCAAGACCUAUGGCAACCCAGAUGAGGGCUCGCACGAAACAACAGGGCAAAGUGCGGAACCUUUUCCAAAUCUCGAUAAAGGCACAGAGUGGAAAGACCUGCUAUUUGUCGAGAUUUUUGCAGGGACAGCACGGUUAAGCCGAGCUUUCGCCAAACGAGAUUUUCGAGUUUCAUCUGUGGAUCACACCACCAAAAGGAACUUGUUUGCAGAAGAUUGGUCAGCACGUGACCCUUUCGUGUUGGAGAACUUGUCUUUAGACCGUGGAAAACUUUUGGAUCGAAGGAGCAUUUUCAAGUCCGUGAACUCCGAAGAAGCUACUGACGCAUCUGUUGGCGCCUGGGAAGGCACAAUCAAUGAGAUAGGGAAAGGGUGGUUGGUCGAGGACAAAAAUCCAGACCUGGACAAGCUUGUAGUUGCUAGGCGAUUUGGCCUGGUUCAGAAAACGAAGGUACGAGUCAUCGACGACAUCAAGCAAUGUGGAGUCAAUGGAUCAACAGGCCUUCCAGAAAAAUACGUGCUGCACUCCAUCGACGCCAUUGCGGCCACUUUGGUCCGAGCGUUAUCAGUGGGGUUGCCCGCGGGCGAAACUUUGUGCGGCACCACAUUUGAUUUAGUGGCGGCCUACAAGCAAUAUGCAAUCCACCCCGAAGAUCGUGAAAGAGUUCGCAUUUGUGUGAAGGAUGUAGAACAAGGUGUGGCCAAAGUGUACAAGAUCAGUGCGCUCCCCUUCGUUGGAAAGGUCCGCAUUGGACAUACCGACAGCCGAAGGCAAGAGCUUCUGGCCCAAAUCGAAUCACACCUUGACCAAAAUUGUUUAAAACCAAAGGAUGCGGAAAGACUCAGAGGUCGUCUGCAGUGGUAUGACACCUUUCUGUUUGGGAGGAUUGCAAACUAUUCCAUGAGCGUGAUUAGCAAGAGAGCCACCUCUUGCUCUUUGGUUGGAAGCUUGGACCCGCAGCUCCAGCGAGCCUUGCAGUUUCUCAAAGAGCACGUCUCCAUUUCAAAGCCAGUGGAACUGACCAAGUCAGCCGGAAAAACCUACUACAUUUUCACUGAUGGUGCGGUUGAACCUACAGCAGAUGGGUCGCAAGUUGUGGCUUCCGUGGGAGGCAUCUUAUACAACAAUAAUGGCGAGGCCGAGGCCUUCUUCAGCGAACGGGUUCCCCAGCUGAUCUUGGACAUGUUCCUCCAGCAUUCCAGUCUUGCUUCUGAUCGAAAGGAAGGAGCAGACACUUUGAUGUGGGGUGGCUAG